AUGUUUGGUGAAUCAUAUGCUGAUCAAAUUAAAAGCAUUACGCUGGCAGAUAAUACGGUGGCAAGACGAAUAUCAGAUAUAUCUGAUGAUCUUUGCGAUCAGUUGAUAGAAAAAAUUAAAUUAUCUUCUUUCGCGUUGCAAGUAGAUGAGGAUACCGAUGUUGCUAAGGAUGCACACUUAAUAACAUAUAUAAGAUAUGUUAUCGAAAAUGAUAUUAGAGAAGAGUUGUUAUUCUGUUGUUGUUAUUCUGUAAGGGCAAUUGAAGGCAAAGCUACGGCGAGUGAAGUUUUUAACAUGAUUGAUAACUUUUUUAUUGCAAAUGGUAUUUUAUGGGAGAACUGUGUUGGACUGUGCACUGAUGGAGCUCCAUCUAUGGCAGGAAAAAAUGCUGGUCUGCAGGCCCCAGUUCGAAAAGUGGCUCCUCGUGCAGUUUGGACGCAUUGUAUGAUUUAUAGGCAAUCUUUUGUUGCAAGAAAUAUGGGUGAAGAAUUACUUGAAGAUUGGUUACAAGUAAAAGAUUUUCCAACUUUGACAAAUAAAGCUUUAGAAAUUUUAUUACCAUUUGUGACAUCCUGCUUAUGUGAAACUGGUUUUUCUGCAGUAGCAGUAUUAAAAACAAAAGUACCGAUAUCGUUCGUUUAG